CGAACUCAAACAUAAAUAGAAGACUGAAUAAUAUUUCAUCAAAGCAACGUAACACAACCAGCCAUUGUUGGCACUGUUGAGUCAAGAAAUAUCGUUUCUAUCAAGUCUUGCUUCCAUAUAAUUAUGAAGCCUUGGUAACAAUGAGGUUUCACGAGGAUAUAACCUCAACAGAGAAACGUCACGGAGCUUAUGUUCAUUUUAUUUGCAACAUUUUACGUGGUAUCGCAUAUUAUCUCGAGUGGUCCACAAAAUUCAUCUUGCAUUUCGCGCUUCACUUGGUCGAUGUCCUAGAAGCUCUAACCAGUGUGUUAUUACAAGUAUUUAAGGUCGUAAAACUGUUGAUCAAGGUUUUAUUUUCCUUCGGAGACCUCCUGAAGUUCGCUGGACGAAACGUUGGAGCAGAGGGCUCGUUUCUCUUCGUGCUGUGUUUGAUCACGUAUUUUUGCUUCUGGCUCGGAGGCAGCUCUUCUGUUUUCUCGGUAUCUGGUGCUCUCUAUAUCAACGUGUGCAUAGUUUGUGUGUAUGUUUGGGCUAUUACUAUUCCAGUUGGAGGUUUUCUUGUUUUUGUUCGUCUGAGGAGAAAGAUUAAACGACAAAUCGACUUGUUGGUAAAUUACGAAGAAUUUUAUGAAGAUUCUGAAUAUGCUGCUAAGAGUACGGAACCUGUGAGUAUAUUGCAGCCGAGGGCUCAGAGAAUUACUAACAAAGAACUCUUUGCAGAUAAAACCACUGAAACUGAGGCGGAAUCAGUAGAAUUCACAGCCAUUGACGACGACGAAGCAUCAGAUUUAAGGCAGCGGAAAGAUUCCUUGUCUAGUGAGGGAACAGGAAAGGAUGAGGAAGACGAAGUAGGGUCGCGGUCCGAUGAGAAGGAAGGCAAAGCGGGGAAAGGAAAGAAAUCAUUUCUCAAACGUACCCCACGAAAGCGGAUAAAAGACAAGAAAAAUUUAAAAAAAAUUGCACAAAUUAGUAAGUUUAGUUGACCUCGGUAUACCAAAAAAACUUUUCACUAAUUUGUAUUAUUUGUUAGUUCACUUUUUCACGUAUAUAUGGUAUGCACUCUUGCAUUGUGCAUAAACUACAGUUAGAAUUUUGAAUGACAUUUUCCCCCCUCACUUGCCCUGUGACGAGAUGACAAGUCGCAAGUAGAAUUCUGUUUUCACCGCGUUCUGUGCGCAUCUACUAUCUUAAUACUUGGCGUACGAACAAGGAUUGCGAACAGCAAAUUUUGCGCAUACUAAUACCUCGCGCGCAACUACGAUGUAUACGUUUUCUUUACCACACCAACGUAUACACCUAGGUACCUAUUCUUUACUAUCACUUCCGGUAAUAUCUGUGUUUUGAGGAGCUUGAAGGACGUUGCAUAUGUGUCUUGAUUUUUGCCGGGUUUCAGGCCAUAGAAGUAGUAUACACCUAGGUGCCUAUUCUUUACAUCAAUAGACGUCACUUCCGGUAAUAUCUGUGUUUUAAGGAUCUUGAAGGUUGCAUAUGUCUUGAUUUUAGCCGGGCUUCAGGCCAUAGAAGUAGUCAGAUAGAAUACUUUGAGGACUUAUUUUGACAUGUUUUGGCUUAUCAGUUGCUAGAUGUAUAUCAAUUGCCCUUCAGUCAAAUCAAAAGUCACGUGAUUGAUAGUAUGCGUUUUUGCCAUUCGCCAUAUUCCUGUCUACCCAAAUGCUUAACCCAAUCUUACGGCAAGCGGAAGAUAUUAGUACCCAGUUUCCCAUUCGGUUUCUAAUCAAUAUGGCGUCGAUGACGUCAUUAAUUUGAUGCAAUACCACACGAAUCAAUAAAGAUAUUUUUUUAUUGAAAUAUUCAACGUGUAUAAACGUUAACCGCAUAUAUAUUAAACAACAACUGCUUCAGUGUGCUCGGUUUUUUCUUAUUCAUUACAUGUGCAACAAGCCAAUCACGGGUGAGUACGCAGACGUUCUUAGGUUCGUCACGCAACGUUUUUCUUAGAGAGAAACGAUCCUGAAAACGCAUGCGUAGGAGGCUAGGAUGAGUUGUGCUACGGGUAUAUGUCACGGUGAGAUCCAUCAUUAUCGUUUACCGAAUCAAAACAUUCAGUGAUUUCCUCAAAAUCUGAAAACCUUUUUUCUUUAACAUUUUUAUUUGUCAGAAUAAGUAGAGUGCAUACCAUAUAUCCGUGAAAAACUUUGUAAGAAAAUGCACAAAUUUGCACAAAUUAGUAAGUUCAGUAGACCUACAAAACUUCUAGAAAAGCGUGCAAUUUUUUUGACGAUAGACGGAGCAGCAAUGAGAAUGUUAAGGUAAAAAUCACUCCGUGUGAAAACGCCAAAAAAACCCAGGACAUGUCAAAGCGCGGAAAACUUGAGCUUAUAGAAACACAAGAGUCAGUUCUCUAGCAUGACAUGACGCAAAAAGAAACCGUAUUAUAUUAGAGCGAUAUCACAUAAGCAAUGUUUAGCAUGCAAAUGAGCUGGUGAGUAAAAUAGCAUGUUAAUGAUGUGCUCACGUGGCUACACGCUUCGGUGAACCAGCUAAAGUUUUAAAAAAGACUAUAACGACAAAAAUUCGCUGUCAAGCAGUAGAAAAUUUAUUCCUUUUUUUAUUACCUACCCAGCCAAACUACAAAUAUAAGCUCAACAAAACAUGCAAAAAAUUUCAUCUUAAAUAAUCUCUCUUGCAGUCUUUUCGUACAAAUUUAACCAUUAGACAGGCUUAUCUUGAUUUGUUUUCUUAAUUUGAUUAUCCACACYGACUAGCAGACUGUUCACUCUUUCGAGUGUGUCCAUCGCCUUGGUACACAAAUUUUUAUGUGCUUCUUGAGCUUCUCUUGCAACUUCCCUAUCACUUUUMAUUKUCUWCUUGCUUUGCUCUAGUCUUGCUUCGCUGUCACUGUCUGUGGAGGAUGCAGUAAAAUCCUUACGCAAUUUGUUUUGCAACUUUCUAUGGGCUGGGGUCCCUUUUGACGCGUACUUCAUCAGGUUCUCCUGUAUUUCGGUUUGCUCCUCUACAUAUAUUGGCUUAGAGGAGGCCGACGUGGAAGUGGAUGGGAGUGGAGAUGAGAGGGCCUUCUUGACGAUAUUUUUCAUGCGGUUUAUAACGCGGUCUUGUGGAGAAUCCAUGUAUAUCUGCACAACACGUUGAGGCAGCUCCGCAUCUAGUAUUCGCUCUUUCGUAAACAGAAGGACAUGUUUCCAAUCCUUCCCCAUGGAUAGGUUGUAGCAUUGGAGAAUAAACUUCCUUUUCAGGUCACCUACAUUCGCUCUUGCUUUCUUUUCGGUGCCUGUUUUAUUUUGAAGGGAAAUGAUUAAUAAAAUGUCAAAGUAUUGAAA